AUGGACGACGACGAGGUCGAGCACGUGGAGCACUUUCGGUAUAAGCAGGAUUUGCAGCGGAAGUUGACAGUGACGUCUGUCGUGGGUUUAGGCUUUACGUUGAUGGGUGUUCCUUUUGGGCUUAGCUCCACUUUGUGGAUUUCCUUGGUGGACGGCGGCAGUGUGACCAUUCUUUACGGCUGGUUGGUGGUGGGGUUCUUCAGUUUAUGCGUCGUGCUUAGUCUCAGUGAAAUCAUCGCCAAGUUUCCGACCGCAGGAGGCGUAUACCAUUUUAGUGCCAUUUUAAGCCACGAAAAAUACUCACUGAUCAGCUCGUGGUUCACCGGCUGGUUUCUCUUGAUAGGCAACUGGACAUACGCUGUCAGCAUCUUGUUUUCCGGGUCGCAAUUCAUUCUCUCGAUCUUCGGGCUUAAAGACGUCUACUACAAGCAAGACAUGCUGUUUGUGCUCGGCGUGUAUUUCAUCAUGCUCACGCUUGUGGGAUUCAUCAACUACAAGUUUUCACGCCACUUGGAGCGCAUCAACAAAUUGUGCAUCUUCUGGUCGAUCGGCACCGUGAUUGUCAUCGGCAUUUUGUUGCUCAUUUUCGCUAAAAAGACUAACUCCGCGUCCCAUAUCUUGACGCAUUUCGACAACUCCCGCUCAGGCUGGCCUGACCCGCUUGCUUUCAUGGUGGGCAUGCAGAGCUCGUGCUUCACGUUGACAGGCUACGGCAUGCUUUUUUCCAUGACAGAUGAAGUCAAAAGACCCGAGAAAAACAUGCCCAAAGGGGCUGUUAGUGCCGUUUCCAUGGCUGUGUUGCAGGGGCUCUUCUUUAUUGUUCCCGUGUUGAUCAUCCUCCCGUCUCUCACAGUGCUCUUGGACUCGAAUCCUGAGAUCAUGCCCAUUGACUUGGUGUUCAAAACUGCCACGCAAUCUUAUGUGGUCUCCUUUCUUUUAAUCGUUCUUCUCAUAGGCACUGUCAUGUUCCAGGCCAUUGGUGCCCUCACCACGGCGUCCAGAAGUACCUACGUUUUUGCCCGUGACGGUGGCUUACCUUUCAAGGAAAUCUGGACCCAGGUGGAUUCCGUGGAGGAAUACACGUUGCCCAAAAACGCCUUGUUCUUGUCAAUGGCUGUCAUCGCCGUUUUCUCCUUCCUCGCCUUGAUCUCCCCAUCCGCGUUCAAUGCAUUCAUGGGUGCCUCGGUAGUAUCCCUAGCACUAGCAAAUGGGAUCCCCAUUCUUUGCCUCAUGCUCAACAAAAGAAAGAAGAUCAAAGGGUCUGCGUUCAGACUCAAGUACUUCGGCUGGAUUAUCAAUGCAUUGUCGGUAGCAUGGGUGUUUUUGUCGUUCUUCAUCUUGUGUCUUCCGCCAGUCAUCAAGGAUAUUUCCUGGAGAAACAUGAACUACGCCAGUGUUGUACUCGUUAUUCUUGCCAUUAUAGCUCUCAUUGGGUACAAGACUUGGGGUGCCAAUGUUUUCACGGGCCCACUCCUCGAUACCGACUAUCUAGAGCUUCAUAACAUGGAGGCACAGGCACGGAAACAUGACGAUAGUAUGAGUCAGAAGCCAGGCGCGCUUGAUCCUGAGACUGCUCACGAAGACACAGAUGGACUUGGAGAACAAGUUCAAAACACCGUCCAGAUCAAAACAGGUUUAGAGGAAACCUCCGAAAAACAUGCUGCAGCGUCUUCAUCGAUGCCUGACAAGCUUACGCCUGAAGAUGUUGAUGAGAUUCUUGCUAGCGGAAACCUCGAAGACAAUGAUCAAUUCGAAGGAAGCGACGAAGAGUAUGAUAGAAUUUCCGAUAGAAACAACAACUCGAGCUCCACAAGAAGUUCCACCGUCAGCCUUGACAAAGUCAAUAGGAUCAUUUUUGACGCAACUUCGGAAAACAAGUGA